UAUUUACCUUACUGAGUAGAUUGAAUAAAGUAAUUAUUAUUUUCAACUCUAUUCUUGCUAACACACUGUUCGUUCUAAUCAAGUAUUCUCUGAACUUGAAAGAUAGUGAUCACGAACAGGAGAUUUGAUAUGUAACGUAAUAAUCAGUACCGUAUUUCAAAGAACAAGCCGCAUACCUUUUUCAGUUAACCACAGCCUUUGAGCUAUGAUGCCAACCAAUAAGAUUCUUUCUCUUCAGUGUAAGCGGAAGUGAACAGUUACCCAAAACAAUUAUCACGAUAGGGUUUUUAGUAUUGUUAUUUAGACGUUUAUUAACACCUUGGAACUCAAAAUAUGCCUAACUGCACAGAAUUACAUACUUACCUCAAGUAGUGUUUAUUUCGCGUUGGAGACAGGUCUCGGUUGCUAGAUGUUCUAGGUAAGGCUAGCUAGCUGCUAACAAUGGCUAACUGUAUGGUUUUUCACACUCAAAUAGCCUCCGUCAUGGAGGUGCUAGCGAAUGCCGCUGUGGCAGAGAUCUGUAAACUCGUAGAUGACGACUAUGCAGUAUUUCGUUUGGAAAUUACUCAAAGCCAGAAAGAAAACAGGGCAUUGCGGAAGAAACUACAGCUGCUGGAACUGAAGGUGUCACGGGAGCGCGCAGAGAGGACCAUUCGUCCUAGAAGUGUCAAGAUCCUCGACCGAUACAGAGGAAUGGCAAGAGGACAUCUCACUCUAGGCCACAGGAGCAUUGUGAAGCCUGCCGGACACAAUACAUGGCGAGAUGACCAACCCAUCACUGUUGAUGAGGGGAGUGGAACCUCAACCCAGCACGUUAUCAUGAUUGAGUCUGCAGAUGCAGAAGCUGCAGGUCCUGGAGGAUCAUCUCUGGUCAAGCAGGAAAGGACUGAAGGAGACAACCCACAACACAGCAGAAACAUCCAGACUGGAGCAGCGGCUGGAGUGGCGCACCCUGUAGUCACUGAGGACCUAUCCACCGCCGCCAUGCCCCAGCCCAGGACCCGACACAGCAUCGCGGAGGUCAGUGGAAAGCCGAACGGCGUCCUCAAGAGAGAGACGGACAGAGAGACUUUAACUGUCACAAAAAGGCUCUUACAUACAGGAUCUGACCACAGAUCAGACACAGAGAGACUGGGGCUGGGGAGACUGGGCUGUCCUCCUGCUCCCACCUCAGAGUAUUUACUUUAUGGUGACUUGAGGACAGUUCAUUCCCAUCUGGACUCAGGUGAUGCGACAGAAGCUGGCAAUGAUCCGUCUUGUUCUUACACCCCAGAGAUGGAACCUGUCAACAUGGCUUUGGGUUUAGAGACACAGACUGAUCAGUCUAGAGAGGACUGGAACCGGUACAGUAGUAAUGUAUACUCUGAAGGGUGCCUAGAUAAGAAAGGGGAGGUUAUAGUGGUAGAUGAGGUGACUGUGAAAGUAGAGGGUAAUACUCCUCCCACAUGGAAUGCAGAUAGUCACCUAGGAGAUGGAUACUCACAGGGCAGAGAUUUCUUAGAUUAUAGGGAAAGUUUAGAGACAAAUCCAAAUGUCGCGACCCACUCCCCUUUACACACGCUCAGGGAUCGCGACCCAGUGUUCACAUCAAUGGGGCCUUCCGAUUCACAUAGCCGCGUCCUUUUCGAUCAGGUAUUGAACUCAAACGAGAGGGCUAGAGCCCAGGUUCAGGAAAGGGGAACAACAUCAGGCGGUAGUAAAAAGAAACAGUUCCUCUGCAUGUUCUGUAACAAAGGCUUCAGCUGCCCCCAGAAGGUGGAGAUCCACCAGAGGGUCCACACAGGGGUGAAACCCUUCAGCUGUGCCCAGUGUCACAUGCGCUUCGCAGAGGCUGGCACACUGAAGAGGCACCAGAGGGUCCACACAGGGGAGAAACCCUUUGUCUGCCACGUGUGCCGGGCAAGUUUCUCCCACUCAUUCAACCUGAAGAGACACCAGAGGGUCCACACAGGGGAGAAUCAUACAGCUUCCCCCAGUGUGAGAAGUUCUCCCACCAGCACCAGCUGAAGAUGCACCUAUAGGUCCACAUGGAAGAGAGGCCGUUUGCCUGUACGCAAUGUGGGAAGAGGUUCUCAGAGGAUCGACCUCAGAAUACACCAGCAGAAAAAACAUUCCACUCUAUAACAUAGAAAGUCACCAUUUGACCUCAUUGCUUCUGACGUUUAGAUCAAACCCUGCAUUAAAGACAAAGAUUCAUUUUCAUUGUUGUCAGCAGAAAAGAUCCACAGAUGCAUUUGGAUUAACGACAGUAACAGGUUUCAGUGUUGAAUAUAUCUGAGUAGAAUAUUUCAU